GAAGGAAGGGGGCUUUUGAAAUACUGGCCAAUGGCAUAUAUGAAGAGCUUUCUUGUAGCCAGACAGUUCAAAGAGUCAAGAUCUCUGAGAGCUAAUUGACUGCUAUCUCUGGCCCCAAAUUCCCAGUAGCCCAUAACACUUUGUCUCUUUCCCUCAAGUUAUUUUUCCCUUAUCAGUCAGAGUUUUUGUGUAGAUUAGAGAGAGAAAUCAAGAAGGAGAGUUGCUGAAAAGAGAUCAUGAAGAUCCAGUGUGACGUGUGUGACAAAGAAGGAGCCACUGUAUUUUGCCCUGCAGAUGAAGCUGCUCUUUGUGAUGGCUGUGAUAAAAGCAUCCACCAUGCAAACAAGCUCGCCAGCAAACACACACGCUUCUCUUUGGUCCACCCCUCCUCCAAAGAAUUCCCUCUUUGUGAUAUCUGUCAGGAAAGGCGUGCCAUUCUUUUUUGCAAAGAAGAUAGAGCAAUUCUUUGUAGAGAAUGUGACCUUCCAAUUCACAAAGCCAAUGAACAUACCCAGAUACACAAUAGGUUUCUUCUCACAGGUGUAAAGCUCUCUGCCUCUUCUUCUUUAUAUCCAAACUCAUCAUCUUCCACUGCCUCUGAUGCAAACAUUGGUACUGAGAAUAGAAGCACAAAGUCAUCCAUAAAGAGACCAAAACCAAUUCAUAAUGAAGCUUUGAGCUCUCCUCCAAGUGCAAAAACAACACCACCAACUAUCAAGAUCAAUGAAAAUGAGAAUAGCACGGUUUCUAUUUCAACCAGCAGCAUAUCAGAGUAUUUGAUGGAAACCUUGCCGGGUUGGCGUGUUGAAGACUUUCUUGACCCUUCAUCAGCUAAUUACAAUGGUUUCUGUAAGUCCUAUGGUGAUUUUCUUCCAUUUGUGGAUCAAGAUCUUGGAAGAAAUAUUAGUUCAUUUCCAUCAGCAGAAGGUUUGGCCAACUGGGUUCCUCAAGUUUCACCUCAAUCCCCUCAAUUUCCUUGUCUUCCUCACCCUGAGUUUCUGAACCCAUUUAAGGAAUCAGAAAAGACAACUAACGUGAAAAGAACUAGCCGGAAAUGGAGCAAUGAUGCUUUUACAGUACCUCAAAUCAGUUCUCCAUGUCUCAAGAAACCCAGACACUUUAGAUAGGAUUUUACAUGUUAGAUGUUUCUUUUUGCCAAUUACGGUUCGAUCUGUCUGUGAUCUCUAGAUCAUCUCUUCUGUUUGUUUUAAAAUGGGGUCAGUUUUUCUUCAUUGUUUUUUGCUGGUCUUCAGUUCGAUUGUUUUGCAAUCAUGUAAACACUUUAAAUGUGAAAUAGUUCCAUUUUCCUCUGCAA